AUGCACAAGCUUGGUGUUAUUGGAAAACUGAUCGGCUUCUGGAUCAUCGUAAUGUUCUUACCACUCUAUUUGCUUCUUUUAACAGCAUAUGAGGCAACCAAAUUUGACGAAAAAGAUAUCAUAAGUAAAGGGAUCCCGCUAUACUGGAGAGUUCUUAUGCUAUUUUUCCUGUUCGCAAUUAUGGCCUGCGUUGCCCCGUUUGUCUACAUUUUGGCUCUCCCUGUACUUCUAACCUAUGGUAUCAUAAUUUAUGCCAGAUCCAUAUGGGCAUUCUUAAGUAAGAUUUAA